CCUACUGAAUUUUAAGAGCGACAUCAUACACGACAGAGACAGUAAAUGUCAUCAAAUUUACUUCGUAGUGGGAACUUUUAGUGUCUCUCUCAAAAUUCAGUAGGGUCAAAGACAUUCCAAUCGGUAUAGGCAGCUUCACAGCUCUUAACACGUUGAAGAACGCACGCCCACCGGUGGGUCACUACGCAACAACAUUGUCGGCCCGUGUGCUCACGGGUGGACACACGACAUGUUUUGCGUGAUCGCUUGUACACCAGUGGAGAUAAUUUAAAUACAAUUUAUGUACAGUAGUCGUUUCUGUAUAUCUAGGGAUUAAAUGAUCUCUACAUGAAAUUAUUGUACACUAAGAAAAUAUUUAAAAAGUAAUAUAAUAUAAUAAUGUAAUUGAUAAUGCGCCGCUCCCUAUGAGUGAAAUACGACUUUACAAUGCGGUCUUCAGUGUGUUAAUAAAUGAUUAGUGUUAUCUAUUUUUUUAAUAUUGUAAUGUCAUUGUGAUUCUAGAAGCCAGAUUAGCAACUGCUAUGCUUUUGACCACACUCACUGUCGAAACUUUAAAUGUUUAUAGUUAUGAUACGCAUGCUUCAUACAUAACCAAUAAUUCUCUUAUACAUAACAUAAACAACGUGUGGUUGUGUUGUGUUAAUGAUAGUGUUAGUGUUCUUUGUUUUUUAAUCUUUCACCUAUCAAUUAGUAGAAAUGUUAAGCUCAUAUUUAAGUUUCAAAAUGUUGGAUGCCUAUUUAUGAAGUUAAACAAUCUGACAGAUAAUUACUUCACAAAGUAAUGCAUUUAUUGAAGCCACCAUGGAAGGAAUCCGUCCGAUCAGGGACCAGAACGUCGACGAAGAGGACGGGAUGAUGGGAGAGUUCGAAUUGAAGCGGAACGAACUGGACGACAUAGAAAGGUCGAAAAGAUUGGUCGCCACCAUCAUGAAGAUAGACACGCCGGACGAGAAUGACCGUGCCACCGUCCUGGGCCUCCCCAUCGGCGUCUACGUGGAGAAGACGGUGAUGCCGAUUUUGAUGCACGCCCUGCUGCACGUGGCGGAGAAGAGACCACCCGAACCGAUCGCCGCCGUCAUCGCCUACAUCAUCACCAACAAGAAACGAUUCAUCAAUUGGCAAUCGAAACUGAACGAACUAUAAUUUUAUAUCUACAUGCAUAUUACAUAUUUACUUACCUAUCAAUAUAAAUAAAUAAAUA